AAAUAAAUUUCACUAAUCCCCUGAUCAUCUGGCAGCAUUGUCGUUAUGGGGAUAAAUAGUUGAUUGAGCUUUACGCCGCUUUGGCAUAGCAUAGCAAGCGUGCUCCGCACCCAUACGUCAAACGCUGGCGGUGGGGAGUAGCAUGUAGGUGAGCAAUGGAGCUAGCGAAAUGUGCGCUGCCGCUGCCGAUGUGCUGAUUUCGUUGCUCAGCUUGCUGGUUCAUUCUUCAAAGCUACGUCGUGCAGGCGCUACGUACAAAUGUAUUCUAUCUAUCAACUAACACAUGCAAAUUCUAUUCAUACAUUAUUCCGCUAAAAUAGAACAAACGCGAAAAUAAACCCAAAAAAACGGUCGUAAAAUAAAUAUAAAAAUAUCAAACAAAAUUGUUGGCGUGUGCAGAACGCGUAAAAGGAACAAGUGUUUGCCAAAUUACUAAAAUCUUAAUAGUUUAGUGCAGCGUGAACAAACACACAAACAGCUGAGGGCUGAAUUAACCUACAAAUAUACGUAUAUUUUCAAAUUUACUAAUUUUAACGCAAGUACAUAAGCAAAACACCAAAUUUUAUCAAUAAAAUUUAAACUAAAUCAUAUAUAAAAAAAAGAAAACAACGAAGGCUGACAAAAAACGGAAAACACACAAAAUAAAUAUAAAAAAAUUAACAGUUAAGCAAAAUCUAAAAGAAAAAAAUAUUUGCGUACUGCAGAUAAACAACAUUAAUUGAGCGUUUUAUUUUAAGCACAAAUUAAUUAAACAACAACAAUCGCUUUUAAUUGAAACGAUUGUAUAAAUACACCGCCAAACAGGGAUAGCAACAACAACAACUACAAAAAAAACCAACACAACAAUAUUUCGUAGCGCAAAGUUAUAAAGCAACAAAAAAAAGUUAAUCAAAAUGGAAGCAAUUGCCAAACACGACUUCUCAGCAACUGCCGAUGACGAAUUGAGUUUCCGCAAAAGCCAAAUUUUAAAGAUUUUAAACAUGGAAGAUGAUUCAAAUUGGUAUCGUGCCGAAUUAGACAGUAAAGAGGGUCUCAUACCCAGCAACUAUAUAGAAAUGAAAAAUCAUGACUGGUACUAUGGCCGCAUCACACGUGCCGACGCUGAGAAAUUGCUCUCAAACAAACAUGAAGGUGCAUUCUUAAUUCGCAUUAGUGAAUCCAGUCCUGGCGAUUUCUCAUUAUCAGUCAAAUGCCCCGAUGGUGUGCAACAUUUCAAAGUUUUACGCGACGCACAGGGUAAAUUCUUCCUUUGGGUUGUUAAAUUCAACUCACUCAACGAGCUGGUGGAGUAUCAUCGAACCGCAAGCGUAUCGAGAUCGCAAGAUGUCAAAUUAAGAGAUAUGAUACAUGAAGAGAUGCUCGUGCAAGCAUUGUAUGAUUUUGUGCCACAAGAAUCUGGUGAAUUGGACUUCAGACGCGGCGACGUCAUCACCGUCACAGAUCGAUCUGAUGAGAAUUGGUGGAAUGGUGAGAUCGGCAAUCGGAAAGGCAUCUUCCCAGCAACCUAUGUAACGCCAUACCACUCAUAAUAGAAUAGAAACUCGUAAAAUAAUGAAUAUAUAAAUGAAAAUUACAAAAUAAAUGAAAGAAAAUUAAAAACAAAAACAAAAAAACACAAUAACAACAACAACAAAACACUGCAUACAAGAAACAAAAACAAUAAACGAACAUACAAAAAAAACAACAAUACUUGAAAAACGAACCACCAACAACAAUAAUAACAA